AUGACUCCUGCCAGUACCAGCUCAGGAGGAGGAUCAACGUCGACAGAGGGCCCCGCGCCGUCCAUCGGUAUCUCCGGGAGGGCGUAUUCGCUGCUAAACUCCCUUGCACCCUUCUCAACGCUACAUUUUCCAACAUUAGAGGAUACCCAUCCUGGUGACAUACCCUCACCUCCCGGUUCGGCGACUAUUCGCCCAGCACAUAGACGUUUUUGGUCCCAAGGCCCCUCAUCAUUGCCAGGCCGUAUUUAUCCACACCUUACGACGAGCCACGUCAUGAACCAAAUCAACGCAUCUCAUGUUUUGAGCACUCGGGGAGCAGGACACGAAACGGAGACACGAGGAAAGCAGAAGGCUCGCGCGGACGACGGUGACCGCGGAGUCCUGAGUACGAAACAUGUAGAACAGGCUCUCCGGCUAGCAAAUCAGGCACUGGAGGAAGAUGCAGCUACAGAGAGGGAAUCGGAAAGAGAGUUCGUCGCUGAUCUGUACUUUUCGUCUCUGGAUUACUUCCUCGGCGCAUGCAAACCCUCAUUAUUUACUUCUCUCCCUGGACCAAAGCGCAAGGAGCUGGUUGCAAAGGCGUCCGUGUUGUUACAUUCCUUGGAAGACCAUACUUCAUCAGAUGACUCCGAGUCGACGCCAUCCCCGGACGAAAUUCGUCAACCAUCAUCUUCUGGCACUCCUCCGGGUGGACUGAAUGACCUCCGGACGUAUGUUAUGAACUCGCUUCCCGCCAUCGUCCAAGGCCGGCGUCCAGUGACACCGCCCGAACAUGUCAACCACAGCCAAAUCGCCGGGGAAACACCGAGUGCAGACCAGGUUGUGCUCCAUGCGCUGUGUACUUGUGGACGAUCGGUUUGGAUACCGGUCCCUGAUGAAUUAAGGUCCGUUAAGGAGGUCGACGGGCAUCCCAAGACGUGGUCUGAGCUAUGGAUUGCGUUCCUCGUCUGGGCUGCCAUAGCUCUCAAGCAGUCGCCGAUACCCACUCUCAUUGGAACCGCGUUCACCGCCCUGUUGUCCUUCCUGGUCUAUCUGAAUGGCCGCUUUCAACUUGGAGUGUGCUUAUUCUUAGCGUUCAAUUGGGUCCUCGAGCGCGCCGUGGAGACGGACAGACGAUACCAGGUCCAUCAACGCCUCGCCGAGCUUGUCAGCGUGCUUUUUGAGGGCAUGGCCAGAGCCAGUGUCGCAUUUGCAGACGCUCGUCGAUCCGAAGACCGAGAUCAAGAAUGGCAGCCACCGGAGUCGACGUUAGUCCACUCGCAACGCUCACCCCCUCCCAAGACCUCGACUUCAGUCCCCAUAUCUGGACGGGGCAUAUCUUCUGCCUCGUCUUCGUCGCCACCUCGGGCUACUCCAGCGCCAAUUGCGAUGACAUCGACAACCUCCCUCCCCUUUACGCUGCCCGUUGUCCCGCUGUUCGGGCUAUCAGGCAUUGUUCGCCGCUCAAUACCGCGACGCGGGACUUCACCUCCCACACAACGUAUGUCGGAGCAACCUCCGCCCUACGAUGUUCGAGAUAUACGAUAA